GUUGAACCGUUGGGGUGCGCUGUGCGCUGUCUCACCGUCCCUCGACCACUCGCAAAGCAAUCGAAUGCCAAAUUCCUUCCCCGAUCCCAAUGCCACCCCUCUUGCUAGCUAAUAGCCUACGGUAGCAAACCUUCUCCUUCGCGACGAUGGUCGUUCCAAGCAAGAUAAGGCAGAUGUUAUUACUGCUAACAUGUCUGGUGGUUCUGCUGCCAUUUGGAGAGGUUGAAGGAUGGUCUGCUCAUUCCGAGCUUUGUCGAAGAAAAUUGCUCGCACGAACUUGUGCAUCCUUCAUUGCAGGAGCAACUGUCGCGACUCCAUCGGCUUGUGUUGCCACAUAUUAUGAGCCGUCUACCACUACCAACGAAUUGCCAUUGGCAUUGCGCGACUUCACUAAAUUGGCACCCCUGGGAAAGGAAAAGACAAUCGACGGAGAUGGAAAGACACUGAAUCUGUCUCUUACGGAACUCGCGAAACGACUGGAAGAAGAUCUCAGUCAAGGCCAUACUGGUCAAGGUGGAUAUUUUAUUAGUGCCGACAUUGACGAGACGAUAUUCCGAGACGACUGUGUCUUUGUGGAUCCCACCAACCGCGUGGCCAGUCUUUCACAGUAUCGCAAUGCGCUACGAAUACUCUUUGAUCCUAACCAAUCCACCGUGGACCUGCUGGGUCCGAUCGAAAUCAAUGAACAGGAGCGAACUCUAAUAGCUACCAUCCGUUCUCAGGGCGUCCUUCAGUUGCCAUGGAAGCCCUCUGUAUCUCCCUACGAAUCCAGCAUUGUUUACUCAAUUGAUGAUUUGGGUCUGGUGAAAGAACAGUCCCAGACUUGGAGCAAAUCUGCCACAAAGGCCCUACAAGAGAGCUUUACACCGUCCUUCUUUCGGGCAGCUAAAGAAAACUAAUAGACUAAUGAUUAUUUCCGCUUC